CCGGAUUACGGGUCUCUCCUUGCAGCGGCGCGGCGAGAGUAGAGUGGUGGCUACGGAGUUGGGAACCAUGGCAGGACAAGCAUUUAGAAAGUUUCUUCCACUCUUCGAUCGAGUAUUGGUGGAAAGGUGUGCAGCCGAAACUGUAACCAAAGGAGGCAUUAUGCUUCCAGAAAAAUCUCAAGGAAAAGUAUUGCAAGCAACAGUAGUGGCUGUUGGGUCAGGCUCUAAAGGAAAGGAUUUCUAUAAUUGGCCAGAUGAAUCAUUUGAUGAAAUGGACAGUACACUAGCUGUUCAGCAGUAUAUUCAGCAGAACAUAAGAGCAGAUUGCUCCAAUAUUGACAAAAUUCUUGAACCACCUGAAGGCCAAGAUGAAGGUGUAUGGAAAUAUGAACAUUUGAGGCAGUUCUGCCUUGAGCUAAAUGGACUUGCUGUCAAACUUCAGAGUGAAUGCCAUCCAGAUACUUGUACUCAAAUGACAGCAACUGAACAAUGGAUUUUUCUUUGCGCAGCUCAUAAAACUCCAAAAGAGUGUCCUGCUAUAGACUAUACUAGACACACACUUGAUGGUGCUGCAUGUCUUCUGAAUAGCAAUAAAUAUUUUCCCAGCAGGGUUAGCAUAAAGGAAUCAUCUGUAGCAAAACUAGGAUCAGUAUGCCGUAGGAUUUACAGAAUAUUUUCACAUGCUUAUUUUCAUCACCGGCAGAUAUUUGAUGAAUAUGAAAAUGAAACAUUUUUGUGUCAUCGGUUUACUAAAUUUGUGAUGAAAUAUAAUUUGAUGUCCAAGGAUAACCUGAUUGUACCAAUUUUAGAAGAGGAAGUUCAGAAUUCAGUUUCUGGGGAAAGCGAAGCAUGAAGGGAAUCAUAUAGAAAAAUGUACUGAUCACAUAAUUAACAUUAAUUAUGUACUGUAUAUAUAUCAUUUUAGACACAUCAAUCAUGUAUUCAUAUUAUAGCUUCUUUGUUUAGUGUAGGUUUUGUAUGCUAUGUUUGCCUUUUAAAAUGGGAAAUACUUUUUAAGUUAUUCAUAAGCUGUAUAUUCACUGGUGUGGCACUCAUGGUUUUUAAAUAAGAUUAGUAUUAUCUGUUUAUAAUGCCUGUUAAUAAAAGAAUUUACAGUUUGGUAAAA